AUGAGCGUCACUCUCGUCUGCGGUGCGAGAAACGCGGGAAAAAGCGUCUAUUGCCGCGCCCUCCUCAACUCCAUCUUAAAUCAUCACGAAAAAGUGGCUUUUUUGGACAUCGACGUGGGCCAGGGAGACGGCACUCCUGAAGGCUAUCUCUCACUGAGUCUGCUGUCGACUCCCCAGUUCCGCGGGUCGACCGUGUGCCACAUCAACCGGCACUUGUUCAGUGCGGUGUAUUUCGGAGAGAAAUCCCCCGAGAACCACCCAGCCGUGUACAUCGAGUGCAUGAACUACUUGGUGGAGCGCUACACAACGUCGCUUUCGAAGUAUCCGUUGGUGAUCAACACGUGCGGGUGGAUCAAGGGCGUCGGCGCGGAGAUUCUCAACGCCACCAAGCAGGCGAUCACGUGUUCCCACGUCGUGUUUAUUCAGCUGCCGAGCGAGCCGGAGAAGUGUCCGAUCGAGAAUCUGGAGACGUCGCGUUUGGUGACGCUCUACGCGCAGAGCGAGGGGAAGAAGAAGCUGAACACGAAGAGUCUGCGCACGGAGCGACUGGUGCAGUACUUCGUGGAGAAUCGGCGAGGCCGGCUGGGCGACCGGCUGCUCGCGCUGCCGCGCUAUUCCUUCGCCAUCGACCGCGUGCAGUGCUAUCUCCGCGACAGCUCGCCCGUCUAUUACUAUCUCACGCUCGCCGGGUCCGUCGUGGGACUCGCCGUCGAUCCCGCGUUUGUGCCGGCAGCCGAGGCCACCGAGGCGAACGAGGCGAACGAGGCGAACGAGGAUGCCCGCGAGGCAGGCACGCCGUGGACGGCGAACGUGCCCAUUCCGCGCGCCAAGAGAACGCCCAAGCUGCUGCGCAGACUGCCCGUGUGCGAGGCGCUGGGACUGGGGGUCGUGCAGUCCGUGGAUCUGCGCAGGAAUCGGAUCGUCGUGCUGUCGCCGCUCUCCCGAAACGACCUGGAACGCGUGAACACGCUCGUGAUCUCCGCCUCGCCCAUCCCCUCGGAGUUGCUGAGCUCGUCGCUGCCGUACAGCACCUUGUUCCAAGCCAGCAACCUGGUGGGCGCGGGCUGUCUGCCGAUCUCCUCGCGCACCAACCUGAAGCGAGACUUCCCUCAAUGGCGUGUUUGUUGGAACAAACAAUCUCUCUGA